ACUUGGCCCGAUGGCUGGACCACUGGACAAGGUCAAAAUCCUCGUUGUUGGAGAUUCAGGAGUUGGAAAGUCUUGUCUUGUUCAUCUCAUAUGCAAAGGAGAUGUGUUGAAACAAGGAGGCUGGACUGUCGGUUGUACAGUGGACGUCUUGCCGUUUGAAUACACGAAGAAGGGGCCUAGUAGGAAUGUGUUUUUAGAGUUGUGGGACGUGGGCGGUUCUGCUGCGCAUCAGAGUGCAAGAUCCAGCUUUUAUCAUUCAUUUCAUGGUCUUAUUCUAGUACAUGACUUAACCAAUCGUAAGUCACGCUCGAAUUUGAGUAAAUGGCUGGCUGAGGUACUAAGUGGAAGCAAAGAAACAACAGGAUCAUCAAGUUUUCCACGAAGAGCAUCAAAACCAAGUUUGGUAUCUGAUUAUGAUCCUGAGCAGUUUGCUGACGAUAGCGUCCCCAUUCUGGUUGUCGGUACAAAAGAAGACCUGAUGGGAUCUGUAAGAGAGGGCAGACAAACAAGCAGCCUGGAUGCAUCGGGAGCUGAUGCAAUCAAUGUGAACUGCAUGAACAGGAGUCAAUUUAGUUCGGGUUCGACUCAAGAAAGGAAACUGUACAGCUUCUUCGAGAAGGUUAUUGAAAAGAGAUAUUAUCCAAGAGGAGAUCCUGCACAGGUGUGUCUUGUUUAAGCACUACGUCCUAAGGGACCGGUUGAGAAGAGGAGGUCGUCAACACUUCUGGGUGGCACUAGGUGACGGCUGUUGGGUUACAACUGGAUUUGCUACGUAGUCACAUAUAAGUAGGAACGUUGGCGGCAACGUUGAAUCAGCUGCUGAUGAGUUAGGUCGAUGAGGGACGUAAUGUCGAUACGAUACGACUUUGUUUGGGGUUGUUUAAUGGGUAUUAGACUGUAUGGAUACUGUUUAUCGUUAUUGUUGAACGUAUGCAUCAAUGGACAUCUUGUGGGAUCUAGAAAGUUGUAUGUAAUUUUGAUAGUACAUGUAGAAAAGACUUAGAAACCAAAUAUCUGUUGAUCAGUCUACAUGACUUAUCAAAAGCAUUCUUUAUUGAUUAGUUAGUUUUAA